AUGGACAUGCAGCUCCCUCCUCAUGAAGGGGGUAAACUCACUGUGGUCGACAUGCACACUGGAGGAGAGCCUUUACGUGUCAUCCUCAGUGGCUACCCAGUAGUCAAAGGUGACAGUGUGCUCUCCAAGCGGCGUUACGUCCGGGAACACCUGGACCACCUGAGAAAAGUGCUGAUGUUUGAGCCUCGGGGACACUAUGACAUGUAUGGAGCCCUGAUCGUUGACAGCGAGCUGCCUGAGGCUGAUCUGGGGGUCCUGUUCAUGCACAAUGAAGGGUACAGCACCAUGUGUGGACAUGCCGUCAUUGCACUUGGACGCUUUGCUGUAGACUACAAACUGGUGAAAGAACCACAGUCACCAGAGACGCAGGUGAACAUCCACUGUCCCUGCGGGCUGGUGAAGGCGUUUGUUGAAUACUCUGAAGGUAAAACAGGAGGAGUGAGGUUCUUCAGUGUGCCUGCAUUUGCCUUUGCCACAGGUAAGACUCUAAAAACUAUUUCAUCCGUUCUUACAUAUUGCAGAACUGAUUCAUCCACUUUUAAUCAGAUGUUACAGUGAUGGUGGAAGGAUUUGGUGAUGUAAAGGUGGACAUCAGCUAUGGAGGAGCUUUUUACGCCUUUGUAGAUGCCCAGAGAUUUGGCCUCGAUGUAAACAAGUCCAGGACUCGAGAUCUGGUGGAUGCAGCUACAGCGGUGACAAAUGCUGUCAAGUCUCAAGUAAGAAUUUCAGGGUAUAAUACGUGUCUGGUCGAAGGAUUGCAUUGAUUGGAUUUGUAGAUUUUCCUCGACAACUCUGUGGGUGGUGAAGUUUAAAUCCCUAAUCUGUCUUGGAUGCUGAGGCAGUCCUCUUAGUCACACCUGUUUCAAACGAACCUGUAGCAAAACCUCAAACCUCAUGCAGGCAUUUACGCGGCUUUAAUGGAAAGAAUGAUUCCAUGUGGACAUUUUGGUGGAAAACCAGCUGCUAAGAAACUUGUGCUUAAGAAUGUCUGAGAUAAAUUCACUUGCAUAUUUGGAGUUCUUAGAAUAAAGAGUGAUUACUUCAGUCAAUGUGACAUUUAAUGUUUUUUUUUCCAUUACCGGUUGUUAGGUGCAGAUUAAUGAGAGACAGACAAACAACAGCAUGUGCAAAUAUAUUUGGUCAAAUUUCUUCAGUUAAUUCCGAAUGUAAGUUCACAGUCUUUUUACGCUCUCCCAGGUGAAGUUGCACCACCCGACCAGUGAUGACCUUGCCUUCCUCUAUGGGACAAUCCUCACCGAUGGCAAAGAUGAUUAUUCUUCUGAUCCCACUGCAAAUGUCUGUGUUUUUGCAGAAGCUCAGGUAUUUACUCCACACGCAUUCUUAGAGGAAAAAAGCCUAUCUGGUGACGUUUAAGGUAGUUGUUCAUGGCUCGAAGCUAAUGAAGUGGAACCUCAUGUCAUUAUCUUUAAAUGUCUGAUGAUGUUUCUCAGGUGGACCGAAGCCCUACUGGAUCUGGUGUUACAGCUCGAGUUGCUCUCCAGUAUCACAAAGGUCUGAUCCAGCUGAAUCAGACCAGGAUCUUUCAAAGUGGAGCCACUGGGUCCCAGUUCACAGGGAAGGCAGUAGAGGUAUGGCAGUUUUUUUCUAACGUGUUUGUCAAUAAGUGAGGUCCUAAACUAUUUCAAAUACAGCUCCUCCACAUGAAUGAUCAUAAUAAUUGUCUGGUUGUGAGUUUUUUGAUGUUUCUGAAGCUGUUUCCCAUGUCUUUGUCAUUUCUUCCCUGACAAACAGUCUGAUGAGUCUUCUCCUUGAUUAUUUCUCUUCUUUGUUGGCAUCUUUUUGGAACCUUGUUGUGAUUCUCUUGUUUUCUUUCAUCUUUUUCUCAUUAUUUUGCAGUAUUUCCAGCUUUUCUCGUAAUUUUGUAAAUUUCUUUUGCUUUUUAGCAAAGUUUUAGCUAGUGAGUGUGUCUUUAUAGCUUUUUUUUUUUUUACCUGUUAGAGGGUAUGCUCUCGGAAAAGGCUUUUGUUCAUGUUUUCAAUGGUAAUAUCAUGCAGACAUGGAGACAACUGAAGAGGCGAGGAACAUUUGGUCAUUUGAAAAAGUUACAACUUUUGUGUUUCUCUUUAGGAAACAAAGUGCGGCAGCUUCAAGGCUGUAGUGGUGGAAGUCGCCGGCAGAGCGUUUUACACAGGUGUGUCACAUUUGGUGCAGGAGUCUGAGGACAAACUGUCAGCUGGCUUCUUAUUGAAAUGA